CUGUCGGCUCCGCUCGCAUGUGCCUCUAAGUGGAGAAAGCUCCCACUUCUUUCUAUAUGUAUUUCCUCCGCGUCUGCUACCUACGUAUAUAAAGGAAUUGGUGGACUUGCUACAUCGACUCAUUCUCCCUCCACCGGUCCACAUCUUCAGAUCACUAUAUUUAUCGAUCAUUCGGAUUAUCUUAUUGCAAAGUACAAUCAAGCCAUGAUUUCCAUGAAACUCGUGAUGCUAUUCACCAUAGCUGGUGUGUGUUCAUCACAGUACGACGAUGGCUUCCCGGAUAGCAUCAAAACAGCGGCCUUUGAAGAAAUCAUCGGCAAUUAUUACGCGUUCGAUCCGUUUCUUCAAACGGGUCGCAAAGGCCGCGAAUUGAAUGGCUUUCCAGAUGAAAUGGAAUUUUCCUCUUUCCAACCGACUUUUGAUUCCCCACCGCAGAUUCAAUCCAAUGACGAUAACACGUUUUACUCAAUACCCCCAGCUUACACCGCAUCCGAAUCCAAAGACAACGUUGAUGACUUACCUAUUUCAGUCACCACUAGACCGGCUGUCAUUCACGACGUGCGACAGCUCAACGACCUACAGACGAACAGCCCAUUCAAAUUCGAGACGGAAUUCAACAGCUUCGACAGCGAAACGUAUCCGCUUUAUCCUCCCUACUUGACUGAGCAAUCGGUUCGACAGCAGCAACAGCUGUCGCCUGAUGUUACGCGGGAGAAGAAUCUGCCCAAAUAUGUUAUCGCAGUCGGCGGGCAGGAAGCAACAGAUGAAGAAGACGACUUCUUUCAGACGAAAGUUGCUCGCACUCCGGCCAGACGUGCCCAUCAGUCUGGUCAAAGGGACCAAUUCGUGAGACGGGCUCGUCCCGCCAUCGAACUGGACGAAUCGCCUUUCGCCAGGAGAUCGUUACGCUACGUUAAUUAUGAAGACGACGUCCCGCAGCGUUACAAUCGUGCUCGAUCCAGUGACUUAACACAUCGCCGCAGAGCCGCCCAUGAGCUCCCCCAUGACAGGAAUAUCCGUAACGGCUAUUAUAUCGCUUCAAAGGUUUUAUGGCGGACCCCUGUUCUAGCUGACGGCCAGCGCGGCCGAUAUUCCUUCGCCAGCCGGCCUCCCGUUUACGCUGAUUAACUCUUGAGAAUUCAGGGUCUUUGUUGCAUGUCUAUCCUCGUUUGAUUUUUUGUUUUUUUAAAAAGAAAAUAAAUAUAUAGUAGAUCUAUCUGUGCUGGAAAGCCGCCAUGCUUUUUCGGGAAAUAACUGUGGGAAACGCUUUAAAAUAAACAAGGAUACACACAAGAGAUUUUGAAGUGGAAGAGGAAAGAGAGAUCCAAGGCCAUCCUUCAAGUAGAACUGAGCAAGUUUUCACUCUGCCGCUGUAACCGAAUAUUAUAUACGGCGCGGCUGUCUUUCCUUU